AUUUCAAGAAUCAGACACGCAAAUGAAGGCGACAUCAGAGAAAAGGUACGCCCUUCUGCUCGCGGCAAGAGACUCCGACUACGUCAAGAAAGUCUAUGGCGGGUACUUCAACGUGUUCGUCGCGGCCUUCGGAGAGGAAGGCGAAAGGUGGGACCUUUACCGGGUCGUGGAUGGGGAGUUCCCGGACAUGGACGAGCUCCACAGGUACGACGGCUUCGUCGUCAGCGGCAGCCCUUACGACGCCUAUGGCAGCGACUGCUGGAUCCUCAAGCUCUGCCUCCUCUUGCAGACUCUCGACGCCAUGGACAAGAAGAUCCUCGGGAUUUGCUUCGGCCACCAGGUGCUGUGCAGAGCACUGGGUGGCAAAGUUGGGAAAGCAUACACAGGGUGGGACAUUGGGCUGAGGAAGGUGCGGAUUGUGAAGGAUUUGUUCCCAUGUGGGUACUUGAACGAGAUGGAGGAUAUCCCGCCAGCUCUGUCCAUCAUUGAGUGCCAUCAAGAUGAGGUCUGGGAAGUCCCGACCGGUGCUGAAGUCAUUGCAUUCUCCGAGAAGACCGGCGUCGAGAUGUUCGCGGUUGGCGAUCACAUUCUCGGUAUUCAGGGCCACCCUGAGUACACCAAAGACAUUCUCUUCAAUCUCAUCGACCGCCUUCUCAACAACGACUGCAUCGAGAAAGGUUUCGCCGAAGAUGCCAAGUUCGCAUUAGAGAUGGCCGAGCCGGAUCGAAAAUGCUGGGAGAGGAUCUGCAGAAACUUUCUCAAGGGAAGAUAGAAGGAUUGCUUACACUUCUUUUUCUCUUUUGUCUGGUUGAAUUUUUCUUUUCCUUUUGUGACUCCAUUGCUGACCAAACGUGGUCGGAAGAAACAUUGUACGAGCCUCAGUUCAUGUAGUAAAUAUAUACACGUCUACUACCGACCGGUUUUACAUACUUUGCUCGAACAAACGUCAGUUAUUGACACAACUUUUUCUUCGUUCGGCCGUUUAUUCAUGAUGAUCUAAAGUAGGUCGACUUCUU